AUGAGGCCAGUCACACUGAUACUCCUCUCACACAUUUCCGGCGCUAUCGCCAACCUGCUCUCGCAAUCUACAGGGACUACCGCAAGUCCUCCAACAGCAACCCUAGCUACAAGCAAUGGAAGCCCCAAAACGGUAUUCGUAGGCCGAUAUUCUCCAGGAUUCAACCAGAAUCUGUUCUUGGGCAUCAAGUAUGCCGACGAGCCAGUUCGCUUCACACCAGCCGAGCUGAAGAGGGGCUAUGCAUCUGCGGAUAGUAGCUCUGGAGCAUACAGUCUCUCUACAGCAGGACUCAGCUCUUCGAGCAAGCUAGUGUACUACAAUGCGACAGAGUAUGGCUACGACUGCCCUGCGUAUGGAUCCGAUACCACCAACCUAGUAAACAAGGGCCUUAUCACUUUGAAUGAAGACUGUCUGAACUUGAAUAUCGUUCGACCUCAGAUCGAUGAGAACCCCAGACUGCUUCCAGUGAUGAUCUGGAUUUUUGGCGGUGGCUGGACGCAGGGUGCCACUGCGGAUCCGAGAUACAACAUGAGUUAUAUUAUUGAACAGAGCGCCUUGAAUGGAAAGCCCGUUCUGGGUGUUUCUAUCAACUACCGACUGGCGGCAUUUGGAUUUCUCGACUCGAAGGAAGUGAGGGCUGAAGGAAACACCAAUCUAGCUCUGCGUGACCAGCGUAUAGCUAUGCGCUGGGUGAAGAAGAACAUCGAGGCGUUCGGUGGUGAUCCGAACAAGAUCACUAUCUGGGGCGAGUCUGCGGGUGCAUACAGUGUCGGCGCUCAUCUGGUGACCAAUGGUGGGAAUAACGAAGGUCUCUUUAGAGCUGCAAUUAUGGAUUCUGGAAAUGCAGUCGGGCCACCAUACAACGGAACAGAAUGGCACCAGCCCAUGUAUGACCGAAUCGUCGAGAGAGCCGGAUGCACCAAUUCCAGCAAUAGCCUACAAUGUCUCCGCGAGUUGCCCUAUGCAACCCUAUACAGCGCUGCAUACGAGGGAUUAGAAUGGUUUGCCACUAUUGAUGGAUCAUUCAUCACCCAUUACCCACAGAUCAGCUUCCAACAAGGCAGAUUGGCUCCAGUGCCUAUUUUGUUGGGGACGAAUACCGAUGAGGGUACUAGUUUCGGCACGACAGGAACGAACACCGAUGAGGACUGCAUCAACCAACUGACUGCAUCCAAGCGAUGGGUCCUUGAUCGUUCGCAAGCCACCCAACUCCUAUCCUACUACCCCAACAUCUUAGCUCUCGGCUGUCCCUACGGCUGGGGGAAUGUCAGCUGGCCCGCAUUGGGGCUGAUGUACAAGCGCUACGCAUCCAUAGCCGGGGAUCUCACUAUGGUUGCCCCACGACGAAUGCUGGCCGAAACAAUGGCCGGCUUUCGAGAGAAUGUAUACUCGUACAGAUGGGACGUGGCGGCUCUAAACAGUUCGACACUGGUUGGGGUGCAACACUUUGCAGAGAUCCCAUUCAUCUUUGCAAACCCAACCCAAAGCACAACGCCGCUGGGAUCUGACCCGGCACGCUUGGAGCUAGGACAGAUGGCAGCUCGGAUGUGGACGUCAUUCGUGGCAGACUUGGAUCCCAAUGGACAUUCUGUGUCGGGCACUGCCGAGUGGCCCAAAUAUGCGUCCCGCGCGACGAACUUCGUUUUCCGCUUACCUCGUAAUGAAAGCUAUGUUGAGGCUGACACGUAUCGUGCCGCUGGAAUAGAGUAUAUCAAUACCAUCGUGCGCUGA